CGCUGCGGGCGAUGGCGGCGGUGCUGGCGCGCGGGUUGGCGCGCGUCUGGGUGGCGCGGGCGCGCGCUGGGCAGCGCUGCCGCUGCGCGGCCGGCGGGCAGGACGGAGAGGUGGGCAAGGCGCAGCGGGUGGCCGCCGAGGUGGGGACGGAGCCCACCAUCUUCAGCCGGAUCAUAGCCCGCAGCGUGCCGGCCACCAUCCUGUAUGAGGAUGAUGAGUGCCUGGUGUUCCGCGACGUGGCUCCGCAGGCGCCCGUCCACUUCCUAGUGAUCCCCAAGCGCCCCAUCCCUCGGCUGAGCCGCGUGGGUCCGCAGGAUGCGCAGCUUCUGGGACACCUGAUGGUGGUGGCAGCUCGCACGGCGCAGGCGGAGGGGCUGUCUGACGGCUACCGGCUGGUCAUCAACGACGGGAAGCACGGUGCCCAGUCGGUGUACCACUUGCACCUCCACGUGCUGGGCGGGCGGCAGAUGAACUGGCCCCCCGGCUGAGGUCCCCCGCCCCCCUUAGGUUACCCCACAAUAAAGUUUCUUGGGGACACGCA